AUGGCAGUCGCGUUGGGGCUGGCACCCGUGCUUCGGAGAACUUGGUACGUUCAUCUGAAAGAGAAAGGUGGUCAUGCAAGACAAACAUACGACGACGAUGCCAACAUAUGGAGACAAAAUAGUUGUAGAGACAUUAUGGGUGAUAUUCAGACAGAUCAUUUAAUAUCAAAAUGUUUGUUGAACCUUUUUGAAUUUAUGAAUGCUUUAGACAGAAGGCAUUCACAACUGUAUGAGAGGAUUCAAGAACUUUUGACAGUAAACAGAGUUUCCCUUUUGCCUUACCUCGAACAACAGAUAGGAAAGCUCUUCGCCAGGGGGUACGUCGCUGCUGCUUUCGCGAUGGCCGUUGCAGAACCUUUUUAUGCCAGCAUUCGCAUUACUUCUGCCAUGAGCAGCGCCUCUUCUUUGGCUCACAGCUUCAUCUUCACUCUCUCACCUGCAACGGCCAUCGCGGAAGCAGCAGCGACGUACCCCCUGGCGAAGAGCUUUCCUAUCUGUUGUUCGAGCACGGGUGCCAGCCCCAACGCGACGCCCAUGGGUCUAGCCCCUGCCACGGCUCUCGCCACAGGCCCCACGCGUACCACGCGCCUCCAUCCGGCCACCACGCUAGCCGCGAGCAGCGCGACUCAGGGGCUCCCCCCCGCCGGAGCGCGUGUGCCGGGGCGGGCGACAGCCAGCGGCACGAUCACGCGCACGGCUGGCACGGACACGCCCACGUCCACGCCCACGCUCACGGGCAGGGACAAGGCCACGGCACGGCGCGCCGCGGCGGCGGCCGCGUUUGAGGCAGUCCACGCUCUGGCCGCAGAGGAGCGUACCACGCUCCUGCUCCGUGGCGCCGAUGGAACGCCCGCGGGAUGCUGA